AUGGUACGACGCAUGCUAUACAUGCAGGCAGGUAGGUUUUUUCAACAGAACACCCUCGCUGACCAUGAGCUGCGGGGCCCUCUUCAUGAAUUUUUGAUUCAACAGGAGCUUUUGGCUUUCUACGCCAAAGUAGGUCUGUUUGCUGUCCAGUGGAUGGAGAAUGAAGAUCCGUCACGGGUCGCAACAGUGGGGCAUGAGCCAGUCAUCCCUGACAUGGAAAUUUCUGUGGCUCAAGUAGGGCGGAGAGCCCAUGAAGCUCCCGCGCAGAUGCAGUUUCCAGGGCUUCACAAGGUUCAGAGAGAUCUCGGAGAUCUUCGCUCUGCAGUGGUGGUCGAGGCAGUGGCGCCGCCUGCGGAAGAUGGGCGUUCUUUCAAGUUCAACAAGCGCAUCGCCUCCGGCUCCUUUGACCCUGCUCUGAAGAGGAAACCACAGUCCAGGCAGUUUUCGUCUCGCGAAGAUUUGGCACCAAAGGUUCCCCAGGCGAACGAAGAAAGCAACGAGGUCAACCAGACUGUGGAGACGCCGGAGAAGAAGGACACCACAAUGCAAUCCUCUUGGAUCUGA